CAACUUUUGUCAUCUUCUGGACUUUUACUCUCUCUCUCUCAAAGCAGAACAGAACGCAGCCAAUUCAUUAUCAGGAUUGUUAAGAUGAAGCCAAAAUCGAAAGGUCGGUCAAGUAAUAAUACUGAUCAAUCCCUAGGGAAGCAUGAUACUGCUUCCUGCUAUGAUUUCACCAAGUUGAAAGAGGCACUACAUUUAGCACACAGCUCUCUCAUCAAUAAUCUUGCAGUUAAUGACUCCAUUGCUAUGCAGAAUGGGAGUCCCGCAUCAUGCGUUUAUGACUUCAGCAAGGUGGCCGAGGCACUGGCUGUGAUGGAUAAAGAGGCUCUAGAUGCUCUUUCAUUCAGUCAAAGGAGGAAAGACUUCUCAAAAUCGAUCAAGAAAAAUAGUGACAAUGAGGAAGUGGCUGUAGAUGAUCUUGCACUAGGUCAGAGGCUGGGGAUUGGAAGGAGACGCAUCCCAAGAACCAAGAAGAACAGAGAUGAUCUCAAGGUAAAGAAAGCAGAACAUAAAAGGAUUCUUGAGGAGAUGAAGACAAAGAGAUGGAAAGACAUGUUCCUUUUAACUCUGAGAUCACUAAAGAAGUGCAGCUAAUAAUUUUAGUUAUUUGUAAGGAUAGUUAUGUUAUCAUUUUGUUUCUGUUGGUUAAAAGCCUUGGCUCAUCACCCAAGAAACAAAAUUUCAUUGAUUCAUCGCUUGUGGGUAUUCACAGUACACACAAAGUACUCACCAAAGAAGAAGAUUACAUAUUUA